GCCGAGUUGUCCUGGAGCCGCAUCACGGCGGAUCUAACCCAAGCAGGCAACCAGCACCGAGACCGAGACUGAGAUACCAUCCUCAGGCCGGGUGUGGCUCUUGCCCAUGAGCCCAUGGCCGCUUGUUCAUCGCGAUGGGCCUCUUCAACUUUCUUUCGAAGACGAAUGGCAACAAAGCCAAAAGUGGCACCAGGCUGAAACCGCCUGUCUCCCACACUUCCUACUUUGCAUCGCUUGCUGCACAAGAGGAAUAUUCCAAGGGCCGCGACGGUCUAGAUCUCCCUGAUCCUCUCACCAGGGGACGACCACAGUUCACCCAGUCACAGCUCCCAUUGGAUAGCGCCUCAGAGAAUGAGCUGCCAGCUGCCGCCCCUGGAGUACCCCGAUAUCGUGAAGAGAGCGUUGAGAGACCGAGCACUGCCCCCCAUGGUCAUCCCUCAAGCGCAUCGUUUCCUGCUGUAGGCCCGCGGUUGAAAGGGAGCGGUCCGAGAAGGCCGCCUCCCCUCUCCUUUCGCACGCCUCGAUCCGAGACUGCGACUGCAGGCUCCCGGCCGGGCUCGCGGGGUUCCAUAAGCUCGCUCACGGGUGUGUUGCACCGAGCUCGCGGCCAGUCCCGCUCCAGUUCCAUCCGGAGUGGUGUUGGCAAAGCGUUCAAGGACAUCCUCGACGCCCAGUCCGAGAUUUACCCCACCGAUUUCAGGGAAAGGAUCAAGGCAUCCGGUGCCAGAGAAUAUGGCGAGGAUGUUGCGGAGAGAAACAUGGCGACGAAUCAUUCCAAGCCCCGGCCGGCCCAUGUCCAGCCUUCCUACGGCCAGUCCCAAGAAGUCACAUCACGAGACACAACGGAGCCCUUUCCCGCAGUCAACUCGAAGCUAGGUACAUGCCAAACGGUUGCGCGGCAAAGGUUGCUUCAUUCUUCGAGCCAAAGGCCGCUUGCGAGACCCAUGGCGCCGAGCAAUCUGCCGCAAUCCAACACGCCGCCAUCGGGUAUUCAUCAGGACUUGAAGAUGCGGGACUCCGGUCGCCGACGGUCUGUGAACGCCUAUGUUCCGUGCGACUCCGAAAAUCUGGGGGGCUUUUCGUACCCAGAUCGGUCACCAGUCAGCCUUGGCAGCGUGCUGCAGCGACCUCUCGCUCAAAAUAGUGAAGAUUCUGGUGUCUGCUUCUCGGCCCUUGGGCCGGCCUCACCAAGCACUCCUUACGCCGCCGAGACUGCGCCGGCCCCUACAGUCCGCACUACAAGGGUUCCGCGCGACUCAGUGGAGCUUGCAAAAACGAGAGUCGAAAUGCCAACCCCCGAGCAUGUCGUCAAUGACUCGACCUCGAGGGCCUCGUCCCUUCAUUCAGCCACUCGCUCGUGCCGAUCAUCAACAAUGGCAUCUACGGCUUCCCUCUCUCGCAAGCACCAAAGUUUGCACACGUUACGGUCAUCUGUCUCGUCGUCUAUCGCCAGCCGAGACACGAUUCUUCAUGCUACUGCGUUGUCUCAUCCCCGCAGAACGCCCCUUCAGCCCCAAGGUCGAGAGAUACAUGGGGGUCCCGCCGCCGACUUGGACCCAUCGGGUUUGCAAAAUGACGAUACCUCGAUGCCAUUUAUGUCUGUAGCAUCGCCUUCUGUCGAAGCUCGUCCCAAGACCAGGAAACUUGAUGAGGAGGGCACGACCACACCCCGUCCACCCUCUCGAAGCCUCCCCGUGAUGCCACCCCAGGAGAUGAUGGCCAAUACCACCAGCGUUGCCCUGCCGGACGAUAUUCUGGAGUACCCGCCGCCCAUUCGCACGCGCAGUAUGCGCGGAUGGUCCGCGUCCUCGGGCACCCACAGCGCUUCCGAAAGCACAGUUACCGCCAGUUUCACCACCGCCAGCUCCCGCCCCUUCCACCGCCCCCCUUCUCUUCACACGGCAGGUACCUCUGUAGACCUCGACGCCGGCCCAGCCUCCCCCGCGUUGAAACACGCAAGCCCCGGUCCUGCUCAUUCGGACUCUCUACAUGACACCGGCGACAUUCACUCGGAACCCGAGCAUGGCGAUAACCUGAACCCGCCGCCGCCGUCGGACGCCUUCAACAUAGACGACUACCUCUCGUCGGACGCCGACUCGGUUACCACGCCCAGCCGCCGCCCCACUGCCGAGGGCGAGGAGGAGCUCCUGUUCAAUGAGGCCGGCUAUGGCCUCGGCGGGAUGCAGUUGCCUGGGCUGCCGGAUUCGUUCCCUUCUCCUUCUUCUCCCGCUGCCGCACCGCGAGCUAAAGCGCUGCGGCGCGGGAGAUCCAGUCCGGUGCUGCUGAAAGCGACACUGGACCCCGAGCUGGUUGGCGCAAUGUGCUGGGAUGAUAGCAUGGGUACCCGGGUUGCGAGAGGGGUACCGCCGAAGAAGUUGGGUCGGGUGCUGGAGGGCAGGGAAAAGAGGCGUUUUGUGCUUGAUACCGCGGCCGAUGAGGAGAGUGCGUCGGAAGGAGAGGGAUACUGGAAUACUGUUAACUGGCGUCCAGAGCGCGCCGGUGACCAGGAGAUGGGUGGAAGGGUGGAUGACGAUGACGAUGAUGGGUACGAGGCGGAUUUUGUGGAGGAUGAGGAGCAGACGACCUCGCGCCGCCGGACGACGAAGAAGCGGACGAGGGUUUUAUCAGCUCUGUGUUCCGAGAAGUGCGCGGAGGAGGAGCAGGGUCAGCAACAGGAGGGGCGGCAAGAGCAACAGCAGGAGGAGCUGCCGCCGCAGCGCGAGACGGCCGACGAGAAGCGCGAGGCUCAGACCGAUGUUGUGGCCGCGGUGAGGCUGAGAAAGGAGGUGAAGAGGGCCCAAAGGUUGGCCGGGGGGGUGUCGUCGGCCAGGGUGCGACGGGCGAGAACGAGGAUGUCGCUGCCGGUUCUGCGGGUGGAGGGAGAGGUGUGAGCGGCGGGGUUGCGGUCAAGGACACUCUUUUAGAGGUGGAUGGGAUGUUUUUUUUGUCGAUGGUCGGUGAUGGAUGGCGCUGGGAUGAGUUGUGCUCUCCUGUGGCGUUCUGGGUACAAUGCGGGCGGUAAUUGGAUCUGAACUGGGGCAUUUGGAUGGCAGCCGUCAGGGGCGCAAAAGGGGUCAAUAGGCGACGGCACAUGGACUUGAUACCCCGGUGAUACAUACAACUAUCUAUUGGAGGUGGCUUAGACGUA